AUGCGCUGGACGCUGUUCUUGACCUUUGUCCCAAUCGUCCUCGCAUCAGACGGGCACCCGGCAAAAUGGGAUCGACGCGGCAUUCCUUCAACACUGGAGCCAAUGUUUGCGGAGGCGGGAACGUCAAAAGAGUUGUUUCACCAGUAUUCAUCUGGAACCGGCAUUCACGCCACAGGCGGCGAUGCGACAAGUCGCCUUGUCGGUCACGCUCCGCAGACAGGCAUAGUCCAUGCCAAUCACGUGGAAGUGGGGUCUGAAACCACGCUACAUGGCCUGACUGAUCACGAUUGGUCCCUGUUACGGUCGAUGCUCGGACCACUUGCACACGAUCGAUCCGGUAACAAUCUGUCGCGCCCCUCAUCACCCGCACAUUUCAACGAGGAUCACUUUGUGAACUCUUUGCUGCGGACACCUUCUCGCCCAGGCACGCCUGCCCAUUACAAUGAUGCGCUCUACGACUCGGAUGCGGAUGCGCAUCAAUUUGCCAACUCCUUGCUGCGGACGCCUUCACGGCCGAAUUCGCCUGCGCAUUUUCGCGAUGCAUUCCAUUGGUCUCAUCUCGACACAGAGCUCUCCCUCGGUCCCUUCACACGGACGCCGUUGCGACCAAGCACGCCUGCCCAUCAUGUUGCGAACCUCCACUCAGACGCGCAUAUUACAGAGUCGCCUAGAUUGAGUUCCUUGGACAAUGACCACAGCUCGAUCUCGGAGUCCGGGCCAAGUGCGGCCACCUCAGAAAGCACUUCGCCGAAUGGCUCGCGAGUCGCGCUCCGUAAAGUCGAAGGCGGGAGGGGCAGACGUCCAGUGGGACUUGAAGUUGCAUCUUUUCGGACACUCGAAAACAGAUUGAAAGCUGCGCGAUUGUCAGGGGCUCCAGCAGAUGAGGUUGAGAGACUGAAGCAGCUGACCAGCAAGGCGCGCGCAUCUUACAAGGUUCCCGGACCUCACGAGCACAUCGAUCCGCAGGACUACCCACGGACGCGUCUCGACGUCUUGAUCAGACAAAAGUGGAAAGUAAAGCCAGAGCAUGCCUCAUUGCUGGACAAUGCCAUCGCGGAGAAAACAAAGGACCUAGGUCUGCCGGAAAUACCUCGGACACCGGAACACUACAGAGUUAUGCAUUACAUGCUCAAGACUCAGAGGGGUGCAGAUAGAACCAAGUCCUUGCUCGGCACGCUGCCACGAUUGGGACGCCCGCCACGUCCCGAAAGCUUACCGCAGCGCAGCGCGCCUGCCGCUUCAAACGACUUUGCGGAAGCGACUACGAAACCUCGGACUCCUUCCGCUGAACAGGCACGCACACCCAGCAGUACAGAUAGUGCACCUUCGUCUCCAGCGGGCAAACGUGGUCCCUUUGUCCUGAGGACAGCCAGAGCUGGCCAGAACAUGUCCGCCCUCUUUGCGGAGAGGAGUCAUCUAAAGAGAGAUGGCAAGGCUAUGGCGGAAGUGGAAGCAAAGAUCGAUGCGCUGGCCAAGGCGAAGAACAUGCAGACGCCAAGCUCCAAAACGACCUAUUACACAUUGAAGCGCAAAGCUGCAGUGAUUUCAGAUCCAAAUCUAGAGCAGAUGGACAAGCCAAUGUCGCCGCGGACAGCGAGCUUGGCUGAUUCAACAUUCGAAGAGCUCUACAAGGGUCGCGCCGAUGCGGAAAGUGCGGAAGCACGCGACAGAUACUCGCGCGCGUUGGAUGUGAAGGCGCAAAAGUUGGGACGUGGCAAGGCGCCUCCAAACUUGAAAGCGUACCAGUCUUUCAAACGUAGAAAGCAGCAGCGAGAAAUUGCGGGUCUACCGCUCAAGCCGUACGACACUACUGGUGCGGUCAAGCUGGAAAGGGAAAGAUACGCAGCCAUGCGUGCUGGUCGCGACACCUCCAAAAUCGAUGCGCAGCUUGUUUCGUUGGCAAAACAGUACGGAUUAACUGCCAUGCCUUGGCAACUUCGCAAAACGCUGCUCGCCAUGUUGGAAAAGCAAGACCCCACUUUGAGCGAGGCGCAUCCUCCAAAGUCUCCAGCGGGCGCUAUACCCAAGGUCUUGUCGGAUGUCGCGACCUUUGACUUGUACAAGCUUCGAGUGGUCGGCGCCCUCAAGGGCGAAGACGUGAGCCAUGUCAAUGCUGAAAUCGAAGCUAGAUUGAAGAGGGAUGCAAGCCAGUCGAGCGAAACAUCCAAGUCGAGCGACACUAUCGGGGGGUCGCCUGCCUCCUCGGAAGGGGGCUCUUCAAAAUAG